GGCGCAGCAUGAAGUUUCUCGUUUUCAUCGCCUCCGUCGUCAUUUUUGCGACUCUGCAAACAGAGGCCAAGCAUUCUUUUGAUGGGCAGUACCGAGUUUUCAAACUGCGUCACAACGACUUCUUGGCAAAACAAGCGAGCCAAGCCAUUCGACCAAUCCAAGAAAAGUGUAGCUUUUCCGGCAGAAACAGGAGCCAUACUCGGGAAGCAAUGCAAGUAAGAUGCACCAACGACUUUUCGGAGGAAAACAGGAACAACUUGAUCAGUUCUCCAAAGUGCAAUACUUGGGAGGAACGUUCCACUAGGCGCAUUUUAAAGAAGCAAAAGUCCUGCGUGUCCAAGCGGAAGUUCACCUACGCAAGGAAAACCAAGAUGGCACUUAUGCAGCUCAUGCAUAUCUGA